AUGGCCGCUAUAACUACGUGGCAUUUGUGACUCUUUCAAACUACGUAUUUCAUAAAAUUACUGAGCAUUUUCACGUGUUACGGAAAAUAGAAUUUUUUCCUCUAUUUCACAUAGAUUCACUUUACAUUUAUAUUGGUUUUUGGGGUGUGGAUAAAGCUAGAAAGCUUUGAAAUAACGUCGCCGAUCAAGGGACUGAAAGUCGAUACCAUAAUACAAAAUGGCGUUCAGUGCACCACCAAUGCAAGGACAGGGUAGUCGACCACCAUAUUUCUAUCCACAGUCUGGUAUGGUGAAUGGAGAUGGCCAUUCGUAUCAGGGACAAGGUGCUCAGCACCAAGCUGGGGGACCACCAGGACCUGGCCAAUUUCAACAACCCCCACAGAUGAAAGAUGGACCUGGUGGCCCAGGAAUGCAACCACCAAUGUUAAAUCAACCACGACAUCAGCAGCCUGGACAUCCACAGCAACCUAUGAUGCAACCACAAAGACCACCAAAUAUGUCUAGACCCCCGGGUGUUAUUCCACAGAUGCUGAAUCAGCCAAUGAGUAAUCUUCAAAUCAAUGAUGGUCUUCAUAAACCGCCUCAACCAAUGGUACCAGGUAUGCCUGGUGUUCAUCCACAACAGCCUACCAUGCUACCACCACAAGGCCCAAUGCCUGGAAACAUGAGAAGUGAUCAACAAUCUCCAUUACGUCAGUUUGCACCAAGAAUGGCUACUGGGAUUGCCCCACCAACCACAGGUACAUCAAGCCAACUUCAGUACCCUGGUCCUGGGGCUCAUUCACAGGGAAUACCAAAUGGUCCAAAUGUUGGAUUGAGUGGACCCCCACAUCCAGGCCAGCCAAGAGGGAUGCCUCCACAUUCCACUAAUCUUCUUCCACCUACACAAAGAUUCCCAAUGACUACUCCAGGAGUCACAACUGGUCCUGGUACUGGUGCUCAUCCCAGUUACCAUCAACAGCCAGGUCAAGCACCAAUCAAUUUAUCUGGACCCAUGAUGGGCAAUACUAAUACCCAGCCUACGCAACCAAUGACCGGAUAUGGCCCAGCACCAGGUCAGGUCAGACCCUCUCCCACAGGUGGGGUAGGGAUGACUUCACCAAUGACGCAACAAGCAAGACGAAUCGAUCCUGAUCAGAUACCCAGCCCAAUUCAAGUUAUGAAAGACGAUCAAGACAACUUCAAAGAUACUGCGUUUACUACGAGUGUUCGAGGCAGAGUUCCUCCUUUGAUCACGACAAAAUGUGUUAUCCGUGAUGAUGGUAAUUGUAGUCCGCAAUACAUGCGCUCUACUUUGUAUAAUAUCCCAAACAAUCAAGAUGUUUUGAAGGCAUCUGGUGUACCUUUUGCUGUCUCUAUCACACCAUUGGCUGAAUCCUUACGAGAAGAGAAUCCAUUACAGUUGGUUGAUCAUGGUGCAAAUGGUCCAGUAAGAUGUAACCGUUGCAAGGCUUACAUGAAUCCUUUCAUGCAGUUUAUUGAUGGCGGCAGACGAUUCCUUUGUAAUAUAUGUAGUUACUCUUCUGAAGUGCCACAAGAAUAUUUCUCGCAUUUGGAUCAUCAGGGUUUACGAGUUGAUAUUUACCAACGUCCAGAACUCUGCUUGGGUUCAUACGAAUAUGUAGCGACGGCGGAUUACUGCAAGAAUCAGAAACCUCCAGAGCCACCCGCAUACAUUUUCAUGAUCGAGGCGUCCUAUCAGAGUAUCCAGUCUGGAAUGCUGAGGAUACUGAUGAGAGAGAUCCCAGCUUUGUUAGAAAAGCUGCCAAAAAUGCCUGGCCAGAACUCUUCGUCUGUCAAAGUUGGCUUCGUAACAUAUAACUCGACGUUGCACUUCUACAAUGUAAAGUCAAACUUGGCACAACCGCAGAUGAUGAUCGUCUCUGAUGUAAAUGAUGUGUUUGUUCCUUUGCUCGAUGGAUUCUUGGUUGAUGCUAAAGAAUCGAAGAUAGUGAUUGAGAGUUUGAUAGAGCAGAUAUCCAUAAUGUUUGCGGAAACGAGAGAGACCGAGAUUGUUUUAGCUCCUGUGGUGCAGGCUGGACUGGAUGCCCUUAAGUCUGCAGGAAUUUCUGGUAAGUUGUUGAUAUUUCAUACCUCAUUGCCAAUAUCUGAAGCUCCUGGGAAAUUGAAAAACAGAGAAGACAGAAAAGUGUUAGCGACGGAAAAAGAAAAGACCAUCCUGUGUCCCCAGACGAAUUUCUACGAAAAACUGGCCAAAAGUUGUGUGGAAUCUGGAGUGGCUGUUGACCUCUUUCUUUUUCCAAAUGCUUAUAUCGAUGUUGCGACUGUAGGUGCGCUGACCUCGUUUACCGGAGGACAGCUGUACAGAUACAACUUCUUCAAGGAAAGUACUCAUGGUGAACAGUUCAAGCAAGAUUUGAUUCAAAAUAUUGAGCGUAACGUUGGCUUAGAUACGAUCAUGAGAUUAAGGACUAGUACAGGCCUUAGACCUUGCGAGUUCUAUGGUAAUUUCAACAUGAAUAAUACAACCGAUGUUGAAUUGGCUUUGGUUAAUUCACAAACGUCCGUCGUAAUUGAAAUCAGGCAUGAUGAUAAACUACCAGAAGAUAGCGUCGCUUACUUACAGUGUGCCUUGCUGUAUACAAGUGUGAAUGGUCAAAGACGCCUACGGAUUCACAACCUUGCGCUAUCUACAUGCAGUCAACUCACUGAUCUAUUCAGAUGUUGUGAAAUGGAUACAUUUACGAAUUACGUCGCUAAACACGCAAUCAAGGAAGCGACAACUUCUGUUCCGAAAACAAUUCGGGAGAACAUAAUCAGUCAAGCGGCGUCCAUACUUGCUUGUUAUAGACAGCACUGUGCAGCGCCAUCAUCCGCUGGCCAGUUAAUCUUACCAGAAUGUAUGAAACUGCUCCCUCUCUACAGUAAUUCAGUAUUGAAGAGCGAUGCUUUAAUUGGAGGUUCUGAGAUGAGUUCGGAUGACCGGAGCUGGUUAAUGCAAACGGUUCUUGGCAUGGAUAUUGCUUCAACGGUUUCGUACUUCUAUCCUCGUCUUAUUCCUGUGCAUGAUGUGAAUUUGAAUGAGACGACACUUCCGCCUCAAAUACGUUGCUCAGAAGACAGAAUCAAAGAAAAUGGCGUGUAUUUACUUGAAAACAGCAUAGUCUUGUUUUUGUGGAUCGGACUACAUGUAAAUCCCGACUGGCUUCAACAAGUGUUUGGUGUUUCUACCAUUGGUCAUGUUGAUAUUGAGAUGACGGCAUUGCCUGAGUUGGAUACAGCUUUGUCACGACGAAUAAGAGGAAUUAUCGCUCAAAUCCAGGAGGAACGACAUAGAUACAUGAAGGUUUCUAUCGUCAGACAACGCGAUAAACUGGAACCGUGGUUCAAACAUUAUCUUGUUGAAGACAAAGGACUUACAGCAGCAAGCCAGAGUUAUGUUGACUUCCUAUGUCUCAUGCAUAAAGAAGUCAGAAAUUUACUCAAUUAAAUAGACUUGUAUUGUUCUUGCGAGAAAUGAUUUAAACAACGAAAGGCGACACGAAAACUAUUGUUAUGUUUGAGGUCGACUUCGAUGAAAUCCAGAUACUUUAUUGACUUAGCAUUGCCUUGUCUUUUCAUAAACUACCGCCCUUUGAAUCAUCAUAAUGACUUGCUGUUACAAAAAUGCAUAUAAACAUUGUUAGAUAAGGACGUUAACUACCAUGUUUCUCAAAUUAUAUAGAGUAAUAAUUUAAAUAUGACUGGACGUAUAAAGAGUAUUAAA